ACUAGGCCGUUUGUGUUCACUUUACAGUCUCGUUAGUCAGUUCUCAAUCCUGGUUUGACUCCUGAAUGCUGAAACGUAGCUUUGGAACGCUUGGCAAUCGUCUUAUUUACUGCUGUCGUACAUGUUUUUCUCAUAGAAGCACCGAUCAUCAGACGGUUCCCGUUCGACAUCAUCGUCGACAUGUUUUGAUAUUGUUGACGUUUAUAACGUGUAUGACAAAUGCCUCGUUUUGCAUUCUUUUUCCUUUCUAUCCCCAAGAAGCAGCCGAGAGGCAGGGGGUUGACAAUCAAGAGAAAACACCAAGCGCUGACGUCGGCUUUGUGUUGAGCGCAAGCUCCCUUGCGUACUUUGUCUUCGCUCUCUUCAGUGGACAAUGGAUUGAUUCUGUGGGAGCAAAACCUAUUAUAGUGUGGGGAACUAUUGCUUUAGGUGCUUCUACUGUUGUGUUCGGAUUUCUAGCGCUUACUUCAGACUACCUUUUAUUCAUAUGGCUGUCUUUUAUUGUUUCUGUUUUACAAGGUUUGGCUGGAGCUGUUGCAGAGACGGCCUGCUUCGCUCUCGCUUGUCGGGAGUUUCCUGACAGCGUUGGAAUGGCUGUUGGAGUGCUGGAACAAGGUAUAGGAGUUGGAAUGAUGCUUGCAUCUCCUCUAGGUGGUGCUCUCUACAGCUUGGACGGCUUUUAUUUACCAUUCUGUUGUUUGGGGUUGAUUCUAUUAGCUUGUGCAGCUUUAACGGUUAUUGUCAUUGACAGUGAGCCUGAAGAAACUCGGACAAUGAGGUCACAACCUCCAGUGAAUAUUUUGUUGUUAGCAAAGGAUUUUCAAAUUUCAUUGUCUGCAAGUUGUGGAGUCAGCUCAGCAGCUUUAUUAGGAUUUCUUGAUGCAGGGUUGGCAGCCUACUUGGAUAACAGAUUUGAAUUGACACCUGCCAAGAUAGGGAUGGUAUUUGUAUUGAGUAGAGGCUUAUAUGCCUUUUUGGCUCCCUUUGUUGGGAAAGCAUCAGACAGCUGUGGUGCAAGGCAUAUUCUAGGUUCUGGAUUAUUAGUCUGUUGGAUUGGUUUCUUUCUUAUGGUCAGCACUAAUGACUUUUGGGUAUUUGUAACAUCCCAGGCUGUGAUUGGUUUGGGAAUUGCAAUGGCGUCCAUACCUUGUUUUGCUGACAUCAUAGCUAUUCUAUCAUCGGCAGGUCACAAGGAUUCGGUUGCAGUUAGUGGAGUCAUUUCGGGAGUGUUAUCUGCAUCAUUUGCAAUGGGAGAAGGGAUUGGUUCUCUCAUUGGUGGAAAACUGGGGGAAUCACUAGGAUUUAUUGGUACUGGUAUGGUGUUUGGUUUGGUGAUGUUCUUCCACUGGAUAACAUAUCUCACAUUUGCAAUCUGUUUCCGGCCAUCUGAAGUGAAGAUAGGUGAUGCGGAAUCAAAAUGGGAAGUUGUUAAUCACAUUGAUGUUUAAUCUGUGACUUUUGGUUUGUAAUAAUUCAAGAUAGUUUCUAUAGGGAUUUUGUGUAGAUGGAACUGAAUUACGAACUCAAAAUAACAUGUAACAUUGACAGAAUUAUAUAUGCAUCUUUGUUGCACAUAUGGUACUGCACUGAUGCUAGUGCCUCUA